UUUCCGCCUGCCGGAGAGUGAGAAGGGCCGGCCGCAGAGUGGGCUUGAGAUCUUCCCGGAGCCGGAGACCCCUCCCUGACUCUGGUCCUGGGACGUCUAGUCUUCUCGAGGCACCUGUUGCUGGUGACAGGCAACUCUGGUGCUCUCCUUGUCUGGUUGCUUUGAAGAAAGAAGAGUGAACAGCAACAACAACAACAACAACAACAGAAUAAGUCAUGUCAGAGAUACUAGACCUGUCUUUUCUGUCUGAGAUGGAAAGGGAUUUGAUCCUGAGUGUUCUACAGCGAGAUGAGGAGCUCCGAAAAGCAGAUGAGAAAAGGAUUAGGCGACUGAAGAAUGAGUUACUGGAGAUAAAAAGGAAGGGGGCCAAGAGAGGCAGCCAACACUACAGUGAUAGGACCUGCGCUCGGUGCCAGGAGAGCCUGGGCCGUCUGACUCCCAAGACCAACACUUGUCGGGGUUGUAAUCACCUGGUGUGUCGGGACUGCCGCAUCCAAGAAAGCAAUGGUACCUGGAGGUGCAAGGUGUGCACCAAGGAAAUCGAGCUGAAGAAAGCAACUGGAGACUGGUUUUAUGACCAGAAAGUGAAUCGUUUUGCUUACCGCACAGGCAGUGAGAUAAUCAGGAUGUCCCUGCGUCGCAAACCUACAGUGAAUAAAAGAGAGACAGUGGAGCAGUCUGUCCAUCAGACACAAAUGGGCGAUGUCUGGCCAGGGAGAAAGAUCAUUCAGGAGCAACAGAAGGAGCCCAGUGUGCCGCUUGAAGUGCCGAAGGUGAAAAGUGGGAAGAGUGCACUGGAGGCUGAGAGUGAGAGCCUGGAUAGCUACACAGCUGACUCGGAUAGCACCUCCAGGACCGACUCUCUGGAUAAAUCUGGCCUCUUUCCAGAAUGGAAGAAGAUGUCUUCCCCCAGAUCUCAAGUAGAAAAGGAAACUCAGCCUGGGGGUCAAAAUGUGCUAUCUGUUGAUGAGAGUGAAAUGAUAUUCAAGAAGAACACCAGAAAAAUCCUCAGGCCUUCAGAAUACACUAAAUCUGUGAUAGAUCUUCGCCCAGAAGAUGUGGGGAAUGAAAGUGGCUCCUUAGGAGACAGAAGCAAAUCUGUCCCAGGCCUUAGUGUGGAUUUGGAAGAGGAAGAAGAAGAAGAGGAAGACAUCGACCACCUGGUGAAGUUGCAUCGCCAGAAACUAGCCCGGAGCAGCAUGCAAAGUGGCUCCUCCAUGAGUACGAUCGGCAGCAUGAUGAGCAUCUAUAGUGAAGCUGGUGAUUUCGGGAACGUCUUUGUGACUGGCAAGAUUGCCUUUUCCCUGAAGUAUGAGCAACACACACAGACUCUGGUCAUCCACGUGAAGGAGUGCCACCAGCUGGCCUUUGCUGAUGAAGCCAAGAAGCGCUCCAACCCAUAUGUGAAGACUUACCUUCUGCCUGACAAGUCCCGCCAAGGCAAACGGAAAACCAGCAUCAAGCGGGACACUGUCAAUCCACUCUAUGAUGAACUCCUCCGGUAUGAGAUCCCAGAGUCUCUCCUGGCCCAGAGGACUUUGCAGUUCUCGGUUUGGCAUCACGGUCGUUUUGGCAGAAACACUUUCCUUGGAGAGGCAGAGGUCCAGAUGGAUUCCUGGAAGCUCGAUAAGAGACUGGAUCAUUGCCUCCCUUUACACGGAAAGGUCAGUGCUGAGUCCCUGACUGGCUUGCCAUCACACAAAGGCGAGUUGGUGGUUUCAUUGAAAUACAUCCCAGCCUCCAAACUCCCUGUUGGAGGUGACCGGAAAAAGAGUAAAGGUGGGGAAGGGGGAGAGCUCCAGGUGUGGAUCAAAGAAGCCAAGAACCUGACGGCUGCCAAAUCAGGAGGGACUUCAGACAGCUUUGUCAAGGGAUACCUCCUGCCCAUGAGGACCAAGGCCAGUAAGCGUAAAACUCCCGUGGUGAAGAAGACCCUGAAUCCCCACUACAACCAUACAUUUGUCUACAAUGGUGUGAGGCUGGAAGAUCUACAACACAUGUGCCUGGAACUGACUGUGUGGGACCGGGAAGCCCUGGCCAGCAAUGACUUCCUGGGAGGGGUCAGGCUGGGUGUUGGCACUGGGAUCAGUAAUGGGGAAGUGGUGGACUGGAUGGACUCGACUGGGGAAGAAGUGAGCCUGUGGCAGAAGAUGCGCCAGUACCCAGGGUCUUGGGCAGAAGGGACUCUGCAGCUCCGUUCCUCGAUGGCCAAGCAGAAGCUGGGUUUAUGAGUCCUUGCCCUCCUCUGCAGGUGCAGCCCUGGCCAGGGCAAGUCAGAGGAAGUGAAGAAACCAAGAGUGAAAAGUUAUAAUUUAAUGUGUGUGUGUGUCGUGUGUGUGUGUGUGUGUGUAUAGAAACGUGUUUUUGCGAAUCUCACUGUGCUAGCUAGAGUGAUGUGGAUGUGCCCCUCUUUUUAAAGCAGGCACAAGAGUAAGGUCUCUUUGAAAGGUUUUUAUUUGUGCAUAAUCUAGUAUGUUUUCAAGAGUCCAUUCUUGCUUAUAUCUUUAUGAGGUUUAAUUAACUUAAAAAAUCUUUUUAAACAACCUUUUUAAUCUUCUGUCUAGCUCUCCUUGUCCCUACAUGCCCCGGAAGUCCUGCCUAUCUUUGGGCAUUAGUACCAGUCUGUAGGUUAAGCUGUGCCUGAUCUGAGGCCAAGGCUCUAGAAAGCAGAGUGGGGUUACAAAGACAGGGGAGUGUGGGAGACAGGGGAGUAGGUCUUCUCCUUCUUCUCCAAGAUAUGCUUUUAACUCAUUUCUGCCCUGACAAAUUUCUCGAUGUCCACUUUUAACUUUUCCCCUGUUUCUAAGCAGCAUCUGCUUUGUUUGCAUCUAAUGGUUUUCUUUGAAAUACUAGGAAAAUUCCCCAGCUCUUUCCAGUUCCAUCCCCUUUUCCUAGACCUGGGGCAGGGGGAACCCUUAGAAUGGAGAUGAUGGCCUUUUGACUGAGUCGGAAACAUGCCCAGUGAGAACUUCUAGAUGAUCCCCGAGGACUCCAGUGACCUGAGGGUGUCACAGCCCAUACCAGAUUCUUAGCACUUUUUAACACUGAUGCAGCAGCAGUUGUUGGACACAUCUUCCCUCUCAUGUAACACAGCCUUCUUCACGUUUGUGUCUGGGUGUUUGACUCCUAACACAUGGUCUACCUACCACUGUGUCUGCAUGAAGAGUCAAAUACUGUCUAAACGUUCUCCAGGCUGGGCACUGUUGGUGCUCCAAGAGAAUGUAGACAGAGAACUCUCUCCUUUCUGCAGACUUCUUACCUGAAGUGGUUUCCCUUCUCAGUGUUGCUGUUGUUUCCUAAACUUGACCGCCAUGUAUGGGUGUGUUGAGGCUUUUCCAAGAAGGGUCUGGUGAGCUAAGUUUCAUUUUCUGGUCUUCACUGUCCCAACCUGACCUUUUGGUUCUUAGGAGUGUAUCUGCAGUAAGUCGUGUGUGGGAGGAGUCUGUACCAGAGAAGGAAUCCCUUUCCAUUCAGUCUACAGCUAGCUGACUCUCUGAAAAGGCUCCAGGGGUGAGGGUGGCUCCAGGGGUUUCUGUUGUAUGUGGGAACUGAAUGAAGGAAUGAUUUGUUUGGUGUGGGGUGAUAUUGUACUGGAAGGCAUAACUUGGGAUCCUGGGCUGUAACUUGCUCCUUUGUUUCCCACCCCCUGACAUGUAUGUGUGCUUCAAUAAAGCUUUCUCA